AAAAACAUAAAAACCUAUUGAAAAUUCUUACGAGACAUGGUAUAGGGAUAACUUUAACCGUAUUUGCUCAUGGGCCGGAAUUAGACAGAAUUCAAGAUGGGCUCGGUGGAAGGUGACGCGAAGAAUGAAUUGUUCAACCCGGAUUCCGUGCCUGACAUAUCCGUAGAAGACGCAUUGGAUCUACGCAACGAACCCCGUGACUAUGCGUACCACGCAAAGGCAGCUUCUUACUUGGUGUCACCUACCUGGCCCUCCGAACCCUCGACCACUGCCCUUGAGCCGGACCUGAUAAGACGGUCUACAUCCUACAUCUUGACGCGGUCCGACCACCUAGAGAGCAAUGUCGACAACUGGAUGGCUAACGAGGGUCCUGCUGAAGACAGAAUGUUUAGAAGAAAUGCGACGGUAGUCGUACAAGCAAACCUGGCCGAGAAUCAGGGAGCUCUGGCGAGUUUUUGGUACAUGUUAGCAUUGAUGCCUCUGGUAAACCUCCACCGACAGGGAUGGUGCAGCCCAAGGAAUGCCGUCCUGAUAGUAUUGAAUAUUAUCGAAGUCUUCGCCACGUGGAUGAAACAAAAGAUUUCCUUUUUGCGAACACAGAUGUCUCGGGUAGAUAUCGAUCAGGUACUCCACGAAUGUUUCGUACUAGGGAUGGACGUUAUCCUGGCGCUGCAAAUGAUCACCUUUUUACUGCUUUCCUAUUACCAGGUCUCUUUAUAACCAACUAAAAUCACUGCAAAUGUAUCCUUUUUUAUUAAAAACUGUUAUUUUUUAUCAAUCAAGUUCCCC